GGAGGUUUUCAAGGUCAUCUAUUGAACAAAGGACCGGAUUACUUGACUUGCACCUUUUUUUUUUUUUUUUUUUUUUUUUUUUUUUUUUUUGCUUUUGCUUUUAAACCGUGAGACUCCUCGCGAAACCAAGAAACUCAAAAGCGGAUUAAGCCUCUUGCUAUUCCCCGAAACCUUGUUUAGCUUACUCUCCGUAUUCCCAUCCCCCUACCUGGGAUUCUUGAAAAGGAAAAGGGGAGGGCCUGGUUUCUUUUUUCUUCUUUUUUCUAGCACUUUUUGUUUUGUUUUACAACCAUCACAGCUGGCCCUCUUUUUGUGGCUACUAGUUCUCUCUUACCAGAGGGCACUUGGCAGGCGAACGGGGGACAUAGAUACGCGGGACGGAGACUCGCUUCGCACACUGACUACAAGUUUGUCAGAGCAGACGGCAGGUUGAGGCCAUGGCGCUCAAGCUGUUGACGGCUGUGGCCCUUGUUGGUGGCGCCGGAUGGACUUACACAACGCAAGAAGCGUGGUCCCGAGGGCUGUUCAUCAAGGCUGCCGCAGGAAUAUGGUUUGCGGAGCUGUUUCUAUACGCCAUCUACGAGCUGUUUGUGUAUCCAAACUUUUUCUCGCCAAUAAGAAACGUGCCCACGGCCCCGGGAGGGCAUUGGUUGUUGGGACAUGGAAAGCAAAUCAUGGCCUCCAAGCCCGGUGCGCCAAUCAGAGAAUGGGUGACGACUGUUCCCAACGAGGGACUUAUACGGUACUACUGGUUCUUCAAUACGGAGCGUCUGAUUGUCACCUCCCCCAAAGCCCUGGGCGAGGUGCUCGUCACAAACAACUACGCCUUCAGGAAGCCCGAGAAUGUGAGGUCGUUGCUCGGCCGCCUCCUGGGCUAUGGAUUGCUUCUCGCAGAGGGAGACGAGCACAGGCACCAGCGGCGCAACCUGAUGCCCGCCUUUGCGUUCCGCCACAUCAAGGAGCUGUACCCUCUCUUUUGGGACAAGGCGCGAGAGUCUGUCCAGGCCAUGAUGAAGGAAUGCGGCCAAGAGGGACAGACGGACAUGGAGGUCAGCGAGUGGGCGUCGAGGGUGACGCUCGACAUCAUCGGCGUUGCUGGCCUGGGCAAGGACUUUAACGCGAUCCAGGACGAGAACAGCGACCUUGUGCAGACGUAUGGCUAUCUGUUCAAGCCAAGGCCGCCGGCCAAGUUUCUGAUCAUGCUGGCCACUCUCGUGCCGUCUUGGCUGAUCUACCGGCUUCCGUUGAAGCGCAACCGAGACGUCAACGACGCUGCCAGGAAGAUUAGAGCCAUGUGUCGGGACGUCAUUCGGGAGAAGAAGGAGAAGAUGAUUGCAAACAAGGAGCGUACAGACGUGGACAUUCUCUCUGUCGCGCUGGAGAGCGGCCAGUUCUCGGACGAAAACCUGGUCGACCAGCUCAUGACGUUUCUGGCCGCCGGCCACGAGACGACGGCGACGGCGCUGACCUGGGCCAUCUACUUCCUCUGCUGCCACCCCGAGAUGCAGACGCGGCUGCGCGCCGAGGUCCGCGAGAGGCUGCCCUCGACCGACGACGCCGGCGCCAAGCUCGCGAGCCAGGACAUUGACCGCAUGCCGUACCUCCACGCCGUGUGCAGCGAGGUGCUGCGCUUCUUCAGCCCCGUGCCCGUCACCAUCCGCGAGGCCUCGUACAACACCACGAUCCAAGGCGUGCCCGUGCGCGAGGGCACCCGCAUCGUGCUGGCCCCAACCGCCGUCAACGUGGACCCCAAGCUCUGGGGCGCCGACGCCCUCGAGUUCAACCCGGAGCGCUGGAUCUCCAAGAACAAGGACUCGGAGGAGAGCAACAGGCGCGCGGCGAGCGGCGGCGCGGACAGCAACUACUCCUUCAUGACGUUUCUGCACGGGCCGCGGAGCUGCAUCGGCCUGACGUUUGCGACGGGCGAGUUUGCGUGUCUGCUGGCGGCGUGGAUUGGGCGCUUCGAGUUUGAGCUGGUGAAUAAGGAGGAGAUGGACAUGGAGAAGAUGGACAUCAAGGGCAAUGUGACGGCGAGGCCGGUCAAGGGGCUGCAUGUGAAGGCGAGGGCGGUGCCGGGAUACUGA